AUGAGUAAGCAGAACUCAUACGAUAUGUUUGUGGAGAUGGACAAGAUGGAUGGGGAGCUGGAUGUCCAGAUCAAAAAGAAGAAGAAGGAAAAGAAGAAGGAGAAACUGGAGAAAAUGAAGAAAGAAAUGGACAUUGAUGACCAUGAGAUCACAAUAGAAGAGCUUGAGAUGAAAUACUCAACUAGUGUCACCAAGGGUCUGACCACAGCGUUCGCACAGCAGGUCCUGGAGCGGGAUGGUCCAAAUGAGCUCAAGCCCCCAAAAGGCACUCCGGAGUAUGUGAAAUUUGCCCGGCAGCUGGCUGGCGGGCUGCAGUGUCUGAUGUGGGUAGCAGCUGUCAUCUGCUUCAUUGCCUUUGGUAUUGAGUUCGCCAGGGGAAAUGACACCAGUGAAGAUGACCUGUACCUGGCAAUAACACUAAUUGCUGUGGUGGUUGUGACAGGAUGUUUUGGAUACUACCAGGAGUUCAAGAGCACAAAUAUCAUUGCUAGCUUCAAAAAUCUGGUGCCACAGCAAGCCAUAGUGAUCAGAGAUGGGCAGAAGAACCAGAUCAAUGCCAACCUGUUGGUGGUGGGUGACCUUGUGGAGAUAAAGGGUGGUGACCGAGUGCCAGCUGAUGUCCGCAUCAUCACGUCACAGGGCUGCAAGGUGGACAACUCUUCUCUCACAGGGGAGUCUGAGCCACAGAGCAGGACUCCAGAGUGCACCCAUGAAAACCCACUCGAAACCCGUAACAUCGCCUUCUUCUCUACUACCUGCCUGGAAGGAGUGGCCACAGGGAUCAUCAUCAACAUAGGCGACCGUACCAUUAUUGGCCGGAUUGCCAGCCUGGCCUCUGGUGUAGGAAAUGAGAAGACCCCCAUCGCCAUUGAAAUUGAGCACUUCGUGGACAUCAUUGCUGGACUGGCCAUCUUUUUUGGGUUCACCUUCUUUGUAGUGGCCAUGUUUAUUGGUUAUGCUUUCCUGGAGGCCAUGAUCUUCUUCAUGGCUAUUGUGGUAGCCUACGUACCCGAAGGUCUGCUAGCUACUGUGACUGUGUGCCUUUCACUGACAGCUAAGCGUCUUGCCAGUAAAAACUGUGUAGUGAAGAAUCUGGAGGCUGUGGAGACUCUCGGCUCCACUUCUGUCAUUUGCUCAGAUAAGACGGGCACCUUGACCCAGAACCGCAUGACUGUAGCUCACUUAUGGUUCGACAACCAGAUUCAUGCUGCUGACACCACAGAGGAUCAGUCAGGUCAAAGCUUUGACCAGUCCUCAGAAACUUGGCGGGCCCUUGCAAGGAUAGCAGGACUGUGUAACAGGGCAAUAUUCAAACCUAAUCAGGAGACUGUGCCUAUUCCCAAGAGACAAGUUGUAGGGGAUGCUUCAGAAACUGCCCUACUCAAGUUUACAGAGCUGACCAUUGGCAACAUCACAGAUUACAGAAGCCGAUUUAGCAAAAUUUGUGAAAUACCAUUUAACUCCACGAACAAGUUCCAGCUGUCGAUUCAUGAGUUAGAGGACCCGCUUGACUUGCGUUACCUGUUGGUGAUGAAGGGAGCACCAGAAAGGAUUCUGGAGCGCUGCUCCACCAUCCUUAUUAAAGGCCAGGAGCUGCCCCUAGAUGAGCAGUGGAGGGAGGCCUUCCAGACAGCCUACAUGGACUUAGGAAGCCUUGGAGAGAGAGUGCUUGGUUUCUGCCACAUCUACUUGAAUGAGAAGGAGUUCCCUAGAGGCUUCCGUUUUGACACUGAUGACAUGAACUUUCCUACAUCUGGUCUUUGCUUUGCUGGGCUGAUCUCCAUGAUUGACCCACCUCGUGCCACUGUGCCUGAUGCUGUCAAGAAGUGCCGUACAGCCGGAAUCCGGGUCGUCAUGGUGACAGGUGACCACCCAAUCACAGCAAAGGCCAUUGCAGCAAAUGUAGGCAUCAUCUCAGAGGGCAGUGAGACAGUGGAGGACAUUGCGCAUAGGCUGCGCAUUCCAGUGGAACAGGUCAACAAAAGGGAUGCCCGUGCCUGUGUGAUUAACGGUGGCCAGCUGAAAGAAAUGACCAGUGAUGAGCUAGACGAGGCCCUGAUGACCCACCCAGAGAUGGUUUUUGCUCGAACCUCACCCCAACAGAAACUCAUCAUUGUAGAAAGCUGCCAGCGUCUGGGUUCCAUUGUGGCAGUGACUGGCGAUGGAGUGAAUGAUUCACCAGCACUGAAGAAAGCAGACAUUGGUGUUGCCAUGGGUAUUGCUGGCUCUGAUGCAGCAAAGAAUGCUGCAGACAUGAUCCUGCUGGAUGACAACUUUGCUUCAAUUGUAACUGGGGUGGAGCAAGGUCGUCUGAUUUUUGACAAUCUGAAGAAAUCCAUCGCCUACACUUUAACAAAGAAUAUUCCCGAGCUCACUCCCUACCUCAUUUACAUCACUGUCAGUGUGCCUCUGCCUCUGGGAUGCAUCACUAUUCUCUUCAUUGAACUCGCCACAGACAUUUUUCCAUCUGUGUCUCUGGCUUAUGAGAAGGCAGAAAGCGACAUCAUGCACCUGAAGCCACGAAAUCCCCGCCGGGACAGGCUGGUUAAUGAACCCCUGGCAGUCUAUUCCUACUUCCAGAUUGGUGCAAUUCAGUCCUUUGCUGGUUUUACGGACUAUUUCGCAGCCAUGGCUCAAGAGGGCUGGUACCCCUUGCUUUGUGUGGGACUGAGGUCUUAUUGGGAGGACACACACUUGCAGGACCUGCAGGACAGCUACGGACAAGAGUGGACAUUCAGCCAGCGCCUGUACCAGGAGUACACUUGCUACACUGUCUUCUUUGUCAGUAUUGAGAUCUGCCAGAUUGCUGAUGUCCUGAUCAGAAAGACUCGCCGACUGUCUCUCUUCCAGCAGGGCUUGUUCAGAAACAAGGUGCUUUUAAUUGCAAUCGUCUUCCAGCUGUGCCUGGGAAAUCUGUUGUGCUACUGCCCAGGGAUGCCCAACAUCUUUAACUUCAUGCCAAUUCGAGUACAGUGGUGGUUUGUCCCUGUGCCUUACGGAAUUCUAAUCUUUGUAUAUGAUGAGAUACGGAAGUUGGGAGUCAGAAGAUAUCCAGGCAGCUGGUUGGACCAAGAGUUGUAUUACUGA